AUGCUCCAAGUGACUAAAAUGUCAAUUGCCACAUUUCUUUUUGGUAUAGUCUUGUUUUUCGCCAGAGAUCCGAGAAGUAUUGAAAACGUUGCGAUCUAUGGUAAAGUCACCUGUGAUGGGAAUCCUGUGGAGGGCGUGCAAAUUCUGAUGGUUGAUGAUAAUAGUGAGUUAUUUUGUCGGAUUUUCCUCAAUCUAUACCUUUCCAGUCUGGAUGUUUGAUCAUAUAUUAACCUUUCGAAGCACAAAUAAGAAUGGGAAAUAUCGAUUGUUCGGAAAUCCGCAUGAUAAAGAUCUCAACCUUCUUCUGAUCGUUGAACAUAGUUGUCAUGAGAAUCGUAACAUCAAGACUAGAGAACUUAUCGAAUCCUAUUCGCAAUACAGAAUCCCGCUUCAUACUUUAGAAGAGCAUGGUUUCGAUUAUGAAUUCAAUAUUGAACUUCGCAAUAACCACGGUGUUCAUAGUUCGAAACCUGGAUUGUAUGCUUGGAGAGCUGCAGCGGAUAUCAAAACGUGAGUUUCUGCGACGUAAUUUCAAAAUUCUGAUAAUAUUUCUGCAGGGUUGCUUCAGACUCUGCCGAAUAUUUGAAAAAUGCCUUCUUUUGA